AUUUUAAUCACAUGAAAUCAUGUGGCAUUGCAAUUCUUGCUAUCUCUAUUCACCCACCUCCAUGGCUCUUUCAUUUGCUCACAAACCUCCUCUUCAUCUUCACUGUAACAAAACCCCUUUUCCUUUUCAAUCUCAAAUCAAACCUCCAUCAAAACCCAACAUAAAUUUCACACCAUUGCUCCAAUUCCCAUCUACUCAGUGUUGCUCUAGCUCCAACCACAAAACCAGCAGCGUCAACCUCAGAACUUGCAAGAACUGCAAAACCCAAUUUGACCCUUCCCUCAAUCACCCUCUUGCUUGUCGAUUUCAUACUGCCCAUUUUGGAGGAGAAACAAAGAGAAAGUUUGAGAGUGUCUAUGAAGGGGGCACCAUGGACACUCCUGGCUCUGGAAAAGUUCUUCAAUAUUGGCAUUGUUGUGGAUCUGAAGAUCCAUUUGAUCUCGGUUGCACCGCUUCUCCUCACUCCUCAUACGAUGACUGAUUUAGAUGCCAUGAAUCUGUGAUUCAUUUUCUCUGUUGAGGGUUCUUUUUGCUAAAUAUAGUUUCUGAACUCCUGUAAAAAAAUGAUUGAUUCAAUAGUUUAUGAGAAUAUGGCUUCUUCAUGCAUACAA